AUGAAUAGAAAUAUACCAAUAGGAAAUAAAAUCUGUGCCACUAAAGAAAUUUUUUAAAAUUAAGUAGUAUUGAAUUAACAUCUCUUAACCAUGAGACCAUAAAUUAACAUAAGUGCACCUAAAUAAUAUGAGUUUCUAAAAAAUAAAAAAAUUAAAGAAGCUAUCAAACAGUAAAAGUAACAAGAAAUUGAUAGGCAAAAUUAAAAUCUCAUCUCCAAAAUAACUAAUAUUAUGUAACAAACAUCAAGUAAUAUUUUAUAUUAAAUUUACAGAUAACUCUAUCUCUACUCUUACAAUUAAAAAAUCAAGUUCUUUGAAUUUCGUUCCCAAAAAGUCUCUAAAUAAAGAUAAUAGGAAAAAGGAAUUAAUUAAAAUUGUUAUGGAAAAUUAAUAACUAUUGAAAAGAAUACAAGAUUAGAAGUCUUAAUAUAACGUUAAGGAUUGGAAUGAAGAAAGAAAAUGGGUUGAAAAACAUAUUGCCAACAUCUCAGAGUAUCCAUAUAAGGAUUUCAAGCCAACUAAAACCCUAGUUCAAUAUUGGACUAACUCAAGAAUUAGUGAAUCACAAAUACAGAGUAUUUUUUUUUAAUAUUAUAUCUUAGAAAGAGAAAAUAAUAUGAAUAAGAAAUUGGAUCCUCUCAUUUAUAGUAAAAGUCAAUAAACAAAGUACAAAAUAUUAUAUAUAUUCAUUAAGAUAAAGAACUGGAUAAGACAAUAAUACAGAGUCUAACCAAUUAAUAUUUCAUUAAGAUUUUUAGUAAAGGUUAAUAAUUAAAUAAUAUUUUUAUAGAAGUUUAUUCGAAACUGAUUUUUAACCAUAUGAACCAUAUUAGGAUAAAGUUGACAAAAUUGUUAAUGAAAUAAUUGAAAAACCUAAGUAUUCUGAAGAUAAAAUUGAAAUCAAUUAAUUAACAUCUCCCCAUAAAUAAGAAGAAUAAAUCUAAUAGGAAAAUAUUGAAUCUAAUUAAGUAUAGCAUGAAAAUAAUGAAAUUAAUUAAUAAGAACAAUAAAAUUAAGAAUAAAUUAAAUAGGAUGAAAUUCCAAAUAUAUUAUAAAAUUCUCAUGAUGAAACACAUCAACAAGAAAAUUAAGCUCUAAAUUAAAUAAACUAAAAUAAUCAAGAGAUUUAAACAAUAAAUUUUGACAAAUAGAAUGAUGAAUUACAGGAUAUUUAAGAUGGAGAAGAUAUUUAAGAAUGA